CCACCGACUUUCCUUCUCUGUUUAACUCUCCAUCUCUAAUUAAUCAUUUUAACUUUUCUUUUUCCAACUUUAGCCUUUUUCAUUUUUUGAUAUUCCUUUUUUUUUCUGUGGAUACUCAUGAGUGACUCUUACCAUCACAUGCUCCUGCGGAACAGCUCUCUGACCAACCGCACAGAAGAAGCAGAAUGCGAGAAUGGAAGCACAGCAAUAUGGAAGUCUAACAGCAGUGUCAUUCCUCCGCCACCAGGGGCACUGUGCCAGCAGGUUCAGAUCCAGGCUGAAGUUUUCCUUGCACUUGGGAUCAUCAGCCUUCUGGAGAACAUCCUGGUCAUUUCUGCAGUGGCGAAAAACAAGAAUCUACAUUCGCCCAUGUACUUCUUCCUCUGCAGCCUGGCAGCAGCGGACAUGCUCGUGAGUGUCUCAAAUUCACUGGAGACAAUUGUGAUCGCCAUUCUUAAAAACAAUCUGCUCAAACUCAGUGACUAUUUUGUGCGUCUAAUGGAUAAUAUUUUUGAUUCCAUGAUUUGUAUCUCUCUGGUAUCGUCUAUUUGUAAUCUCCUGGCCAUCGCCAUUGACCGCUAUGUCACCAUAUUCUAUGCACUGCGCUACCACAGCAUCGUAACUGCACGGCGUGCAUUAACUGCCAUCGGCACCAUUUGGCUCACCUGUAUCAUCUGUGGCAUUGUCUUCAUCGUCUACUCCGAGAGCAAGAUGGUUAUCAUUUGUCUAAUUACAAUGUUCUUUGCAAUGCUGGCACUAAUGGCGACACUCUACGUUCACAUGUUUUUGCUUGCCCGACUCCAUGUCCAGCGCAUUGCUGCAUUACCAAUUGCAGCUGUUGCUGCUGGUGAGCCGGUGCCACGGCAACGCAGCUGCCUGAAGGGAGCAGUGACUAUCAGCAUCCUCUUAGGGGUGUUUGUAUGCUGCUGGGCACCUUUCUUCCUCCACCUUAUCCUUCUCGUGGCAUGUCCACGCCACCCACUCUGCUUGUGUUACAUGUCACAUUUCACUACCUACCUGGUGCUCAUCAUGUGCAAUUCAGUCAUCGACCCCAUCAUCUACGCAUUCCGUAGCCUGGAGAUGAGAAAGACAUUUAGGGAGAUCCUCUGCUGGUAUAAUAUAAAGUCUGUUCUAAUAUUCUGUUGUCUAUAUUGACUGAGUGAUGUAUUAUUUUAUCAAUUGUGCACUAUUUGUAUUAUAAUAAUUCAUAACUAUGUAUACUCUUGUCUGUUGCUUUAUGUUGUCCCAUGUUAAUUGAAGUACCAUCAAGGAAAUUGAAAGACUUUACUGUACGUGAAAGCUAAGGAAAGCAGUGACAUUUUAUGAAAUACAAUUGCCAGCAUUUUAAAAACACAUGAAUAGAAAAC